AUAUAUUUUUUCAGAUGUAUACGUUAUAGUUAUUAUGCAGUUCUGUGGUAUAUUCAAGAAAUAAUUUCCUUUCGCAUGCGCAUUGGAGAUUGGUUUCGAAAAACUCUUCACUUUCACCUCUGUAAGAGUUCACUGUGUUCGUGGUUUUAAGAAUUAAAUGCACUGUCUGAUAUGCCUUCUUAUUAUUAUCUACUUUGAGAUUAAAAUGUGCGUCCAGGAUUGUGUCAUUGUGUGUUAGUAGUGAUGUGGAACUUUGCAAUAGUGGAAAUAUGAAGAAAAGAAACCGAAUUGUUGAUGUAGUAUUUGUACUUAUUGCAAUAAUAUUUAGUGCAAUACCGCAGUGUUGGUCUGCUUUAUCAGACAAACGAUUAUGUUUUGACCCUGACUGUUCAGAACCUAUUUCGUUAGCUAAAACGGUACUCGCUUACACUGCAAAUGAAGAUGGAAUGUUAUCAUUUAAUAUUAAUGUCGAUGUCACAGUUUACAGUAAAGGAGCAGGUAACAGGACUGAUUUAUGGGGUGUUGAGAUAAAUGGAAGGCAUGGAUAUGUGCCAAAAAGGUUUUUGAAAGAAGUUAGAGUUUUGAAACCUGAGUUACGUCAUGAGGUGCCUACUAAGCUAUUAUCUAAUAAUAAUAAUGAAUCUAAGAGACAUCAGUCUAAAAAAGUUACUGAUAAGUUAAAGCCUGUCACACGAAAUGAUAAAACUUCAAAUAAAAAAUCAGAUUUCAAAUCUGUGGAACAACUGCCACAUAGUGUUACUCCCCCAUAUGAAACUAUAGAUGGUACAAGAUUGCCUGUAGAUCAUAAUGAAUCUUCCAUACAACAAAGUCCUGUGACAGAAGUUCUACAAACGAAGGUAGUCCCAAGCGAAGAAGAUGUACUUGUUCAUUUAGGAGCAGAUUCUACUAGCAAAGAAAAUGAUAUUAUUUUUACAAACACUGAGACACCACCAGAAAAAGAUUUAAAUGGUGAAGUAGUAAAUGAUGAUCAGAACAUUUCUCAGAAAGAUGAUGUUAAUAGUUUAGUGAAAAGUUCUAAAGAAACUUUAGAUUUACCAGAGAUAAAUGGAAUAAAGAUUCCAUCGCUGGAUCUAAGUGCUAAUAUAAAAAAUUAUUUCUAUAGAAAUGUUAAACAGAAUACAGAACAGAUUGCAGAAGAGAAAGUUACAGGGUCAGAAAGCGUAUACUCGUCGAAAGAACAGUCUGUUCCAGAGGUAAAAGAUGUACAAUCGUCAGAAGAACAGUCGGUUCCAGAAGUAAAAGAUGUAGAAUCGUCAAAAGAACAGUCUGUUCUAGAGGUAAAAGAUGUACAGUCGUCGAAAGAACAGUCUGUUCCAGAAGUAACAGAUGUAGAAUCGUCAAAAGAACAGUCUGUUCCAGAGGUAAAAGAUGUAGAAUCGUCAAAAGAACAGUCUGUUCCAGAGGUAAAAGAUGUAGAAUCGUCGAAAAAACACUCUGUUCCAGAAGUAAAAGAUGUAGAAUCGUCGAAAGAACAGUCUGUUCCAGAGGUAAAAGAUGUAGAAUCGUCGAAAAAACAACCUGUUCCCGACAUAAAAGAUAUACAGCCAUUAGAAGAACACAUCGGUCCCAAAAAACAAGAUGAACAGGCACUGGAUGAGCAUUCUGUUCCUAAAGAAAAAGAUAUGCAGUUAUCAGGAGGACAAUCUGUUAUAGAGAUAAAAGAUACACAGUCAUUGGAAGAACACAUUAUUUCUAAAGAACAAAAUAUACAAUUGCCAGUUAUUGCAUUAAAUGAAACUGAUAAUACUAAUUCAAUUCAGACAGUUUCAGUGAACAGUUCUGAAAUAGAUGCAAAGGCUGCUCAAAAUGUUAGUGAACUUACUGGUACAGAACAUGUCCAUUCUCUAGACAAUACUACAUUGUUAGAAACAUCCCCUGAAUUAAGGAAAAAUGAUAAAGCUUCUGAAAAUAGUUCAAUUCACCAUAAUGUUGAUCAUGUUCCUUCCUUGUCAAUGGAAUCAGAUACAACACAAAAUUUAAAUAAAGACACUGGUAUUUCUGUUAUCACUGAUGCAGAAAAUAAUACUAAAGAAUUACAAGAGAUUAGUGAAACAGAUAUAAAAAAUGAAGCUCAGUAUUCUACUGACAAACACACAAAUACAACUGUAAAUGAACCAGCAAUAGUAGAUAAUACUGUGGAAAGUAAUGUGGACAAAGAAGUUCCAAAUUUGAACAACAAUUCUGAUUCUACUGAAGUACCUCAUGGGUCAAAUGAACAUCAUCUAUCUGAAAUUGAUGAAUCUAAUCUGAAUCCGACAGAAUUAUUGUAUUCUAAUGAAAAAAGUAUAAUUUCAGAAAAUGUAGCAAGCAUUAAUGAAUUUCGUAACAGAAAUUUAUUGAAUGUUGAUACAGGAGAACAGUAUGAAAUUGAAAAUGUAAUAAUAGAUCAACCUGAACACAUUAAGAACGAAGACUUACCUGAACAGAAAGAUGAUGCAAGAGUUCUAGAUAAACAUUUAUAUGAAAGUUCAUAUAUUGUAGAUAGUAUAUCUGUAAAAGAGGCAACAUCAGAAAAUAUUUUGCAUACAGAACAAACGGUUGCUUCUCCUGAGGUCUGUGCAGUUGAUAAUAUUGAAUGCUCUAUUAAAGAUAAUUCUCAAACUGAUUUUAUUGAUAAUGGUGAGAUUUUUGAAAAUAUUGAAGGUGAAGUUGAGGUCACAAAUAUAGCAAACAAUUAUUGGAUGACAUUCAUGUAUCUAAUUAUUACUGCUGCUGCAACGCUUGUAUUCUCUUUAGGAUAUUAUUACAUUGAGAAUAUGAGGAGAGAUGGGCAAUUGAUAGCUAGAAUCAAUAAUCUUGAAAAGGAAUUAGUUGUUUCUACAACAGAAAGUUUAAUGUUAAAAGAAAAUUUAAAAAUAACGAAAGAUAAGUUGACAUGUAUCGAAGAUGAAUCAUUCGGUUCCAAUGAAAUGGUUGUUUCUUUAAAAGCUGAUUUAGAAGCAUCUCAGAAUGCAAAAGCUGAACUAGAAGAUCAAGUUUACAUGUUGGAAAAAGAGUUAGAAAACGCUACUGAGGCAGGGUUAGAAUUGGAACGAAUGCUACGGGAAAUUCUUUCCUCUGAUAAUGAAGUUAAUCCAUUAGCUCAGUCGGUAGAGGAUCUACAAACAAGAUUAAAUGCUCAGCAAGUCGCGAAUGAAUCUUUAACCAAUGCUCUUAACCUAAAAACUCAAGAGCUUGAAUUUGAUAAACUCGAGAAUGAAUCUUUAUCAGCAGAACUUGCAUCCUUUAAAAAGAAAUAUGAAGAGCUUGAAGUUGAGCUUAUUCGAGUAACAGAGAAUUUGAAACUUGAAGUGGAUAAUAAGAAUAAUGUGCAGCAAACAUUGACUGAUAAGGUUCAGGAAUUAGAAAUGCAAAUCAAGGAAAUUUCUAUUGAAAAGACAACCUUACAAAAAGAAUUGAAACAUAAAGAAGUGGAAACGGCAGAUCUCAUGGAAGUUAUCAAUCGACUAAAUUCUAACUUGGAUUUAGAAAAGUUAUAUAAUGUAACUCAUAUUAAGGCAGAAGCAACAACUUUACUUGAAGAAAGGAACGAACUAAAAAUACGACUAGCAGAAGUCGAAGGUGCUCACAAUUUACUAGAAGAACAUAUGAAGGUUAUCAAAGAAGAAGUGUUUACUUUAAGUGAACAAUGCAAAGCAGCAGAAAAGGAAAAAAAAGAUGCAGAAACACGUCUCGAAGUUUUAUCAAGUUUCUUUAAAGAAAAGGAGGCCCAAAGACAAAAAGAGGAAGCUAUUUGGUUACAACAGCAAGGUGAAGUUGUAUCCACUGUAGAACGAAUACAAACGAUGCAAGCUGAAAUACAAAAUUAUAAGCAACAAAUAGAAAUGUUGAAACGGGAAAUAUUAGAUCAAGAAAGAGAAUAUAAAAACCAAAUUUCUGUUCUUGAAACAAAAGCACACGAACAAUGGGUAAUAGCACGUCAAGUGGAACGUCGUCUAGAGGAGUCCAAAGUUGAAGCGGGUCAAUUACGUAACCGGCUCACACUCAUAGAAAAGAAUAUUAACGAUGAUCCUGAAGCAAAAUUGCAUCGCCUGGAGGCGAACGGGGAGACGGCAACGUCACCUCCAUUAUUCAUAGGAGCAGAGUCAUCAGGUUCUCCUAUAAUGUUUUCUGGUUCUUCAAGUGUUCCUCCUCCGCCGCCACCUUCCUAUUUACACUCAUUAUUUCCUCCCUAUUUGCCACCUCCGUUACCAAACGCGUCCAACGUGCCACCGUAUGAAAUUAGUCAACGACCACCACCAUUGGGUGGAAGAUUAUCUUCACCCCCGCCUAUGCCUUUACAUCCUCCUGCUUCCAGCAGGUAUGAUAACGCAAGUUCCCCUACACCAAUGUCCCCGCAUUUACUUCCAUCCUUUAAUCACAGAUUACCGCCACCUCCAUUUGGUAAUGAUCAUAUUCAUGGUCCUCCUCCACCUCCUCUUGGUUCAAUUAUGCCAGCGCCUCUUGGAACGACGCAUUCAUGGGGGGAAGAACCACUGACGCCUCUACGCAAUUCUGGUUAUCACCUAUCUCAACGAGAACGUGUACGAAAUCAUAAAGGACGCAAGCGAUUCUCUAAAGUGAGACAAUUUUGGAGUACUUUGGAAGGAAAUAAUUGCAAAUAGAUAUGGUUCCUUACAUUCUUCAGGAGAGUCACUGGAUAACUUACAUCAUAGUAGCAAAGCUU